AUGUCCAGCAAGAGUGAAAGCGUCCGCGUAUGUGUACGCAUUCGUCCACUCAGCACCAAGGAGGUGCAAGAUGGCCGGACGUACAUUGUCCACGCCAGCCCAGCACAGGGCGAAAUUUCGCUCUCCAAUCCGGAAGCAGACGCCAGGGAGCCUCCCAAGAAAUUUACAUUUGACGCUGCUAUCCCACCUGAAAACUCACAGCAAGACGUGUACGCGCAAGCGGCCACCGACAUCGUCGAGUCGGUCGUCAACGGCUUCAAUGGAACCAUCUUCGCCUACGGUCAAACGGGCGCUGGCAAGUCACACACGAUGGAGGGAUACUCGGAACCGCCCGAGGCUAAAGGUAUUAUCCCCAACUCGUUCUCUCACAUCUUCGACCGUAUCGCUGCGGAGGCCGACAACAAACAAUUUAUGGUCUACGCGUCAUAUCUCGAGAUCUACAACGAAGAGAUCCGAGAUCUCCUCGCUCCCGACCCGAAGAACCGUCUAGAACUCAAAGAAACGGUGGACGCCGGAGUCUUCGUGAAGGAUCUGACGUCUCGCCAAGUUGCAGCCGCCGCUGAGAUCGACGCUGUCAUGCAGCAAGGGAAGAAGAAUCGCAGUGUCGGAGCCACACUCAUGAACCAGACGUCUUCGCGCUCGCAUUCCAUGUUCACUAUUACAGUUGAAGCCUUAUCUGUAGCACAGUCCGAGGCCAACGGCAAGCCUCAUAUCUGUGUGGGUAAGCUGAACCUCGUCGAUCUUGCCGGUAGCGAGCGACAGGCCAAGACCGGAGCCACUGGAGACCGCAUGAAAGAAGCGACGAAGAUCAACUUGAGUCUCUCGGCGUUAGGCAACGUCAUCUCUGCGCUCGUAGACGGGAAAUCUCAGCAUAUCCCGUACCGUGACUCGAAGCUCACGCGGUUGCUUCAAGACUCUCUUGGAGGCAAUGCGAAGACUGUCAUGAUUGCCAACUGUGGUCCAGCAGACUACAACUACAACGAAACGUUGUCCACGCUCCGGUACGCGAAUCGCGCCAAGAACAUUAAGAACAAACCGAAGAUUAAUGAAGAUCCGAAAGAUGCCAAGAUUCGAGAAUACCAGGAGAAAAUUAAGGAACUACGCGAAGCGCUGGCUGCUCAGGAGAAGAACGGGCCGGUUGCAUCUGGUGCGGAGGGGAAAGCCUUUUCAAAAGACGGUGGCUCUGCUGUCGUUCCUCAAAUUGUAGAGCGAAUCGUAGAGAAGACCGUGGUGAAGCGUGAAGGUGUGAGUGAGGAGGUCCUAAGGAAACUGGAAGAAGAUGCACGACGUGAAAAGCGUGAGCUCAAACAGAAGGCGCAAGAGGAGAUGAAGGCUUUACUUGCCGCUCAAUCGCGAACCGAAGAGGAACGAGACCAACUGGAGCGUGAACUGCAGUCUCAAGCGCAGCAGAAAGAAGUCAUGUCCAAGCAGAAGGACGAAAUGGUCAGCCAACUCGAGGCUCUGGAGCACAAACUCAUCUCCGGUGGACGCGUACUGGAUAAAGCUGCCAAGCAGGAACGUCAGCUGCGUGAGGCCCAAGCUCGCGUCGAAGCUCAAAAGCGUCAGGAACUGCAACUCGCGCGAGAGCUGGCGGAGAAGGAAGACUCGAACGUGCUGCUGGAAGAGCAGUACACGACGCUACAAGACGCUGUCGAUGACAAGACGAAGAAACUUAAGAAGCUCUGGGCCAAGCACAAGGCAGCCACCACCGAGAUCGAGGACCUUAAAGUCGAGUUCCAAGCUGAGAAGGAAGAUAUGCUGGACACGGUGCGAGAACUCACGCGUCAACUUAAGCUCAAACAUUUACUAUUGAGCCACUUUGUGCCUCUGGAUGAAGCGCAAAGUCUUGAGAAAAGAGCUCGAUACGACGCGGACCACGACGCCUGGCAAGUCAGUCGUCUAGAGACAAAACCGUCGUCUCUCCGUCCUAAACGUCCCAUUUCUCGUCGCGGUGCCCGACGCAUUGAGAGCGAGUACGCGAGACGCAACCGACUCAUUGAUCCGCUUAAUGUGCGUUGGCGCAGUGAUAAUGUGGUGCAACUGGACUUGGAGAUGCCAGAGCGCCGUACUCGCGACUUUGAGCCAGCGAAUGGAGCUGGAUGUGCCAUCAGCAUGGACUAUUGGCUUGAGCGCGUUGGUGUCGCGUCGGAGAAUGAUGUAGAGAUCAUGUUCGCCAACGAAGUAGAAGUUGCUCCUAGCAAAGAAAAGUAUCCAUCAGCAUCGAAUGGGGGGAGCAAAGAGAGCAAGGACGGAGCUAAGAAAGUGCCGAGCUCUAGUGGAGCAGACGACAAGAGUAAGAAGAGUGCAACCAAGAGACCUGCCACAGCGAGCCGCCGCCGUCGAGAGGCCAAGGAUGAAUGA